GGACAGUUGUACGGCAGUAAAUCAUAGGCACAUAGAAUGACAAAGGAUCAAAAAAGAGUUAUUAUGGUUACCGGUGGUAGUGGAUUGGUAGGUAAAGGAAUAGAGACAUAUGCUAAAUCAUUAAAUAGACCAAAUGACUCAUGGGUAUUUUUAAGAUCUUCCGAUGGCGAUCUUAAAGAUAAAGAAGCCACAAGAACCAUUUUCAAAAAAUAUAAUCCAACUCAUGUUAUCCAUUUAGCAGCUCGUGUUGGUGGUCUUUUCAGCAAUAUGAAAUAUAAAGUUGAAUUUUUUAGAGAAAAUAUUGCAAUUAAUGAUAAUGUCUUAGAAUGUUGCAGAGAAUUUAAUAUUGUUAAAUGUGUUUCAUGUUUAUCAACUUGCAUCUUUCCAGAUAAAACUACAUAUCCAAUAGAUGAAACUAUGGUGCAUAACGGCCCACCACAUCCAUCCAAUGAAGGCUAUGCAUACGCUAAAAGAAUGAUCGAUGUUUUAAAUAGAGCAUAUAAUGAAGAGUAUGGUUGUAAGUUUACAAGUGUAAUUCCAACAAAUAUUUAUGGCCCACAUGAUAACUAUCAUUUACAUGACAGUCAUGUUAUUCCAGGCUUAAUUCACAAGACAUAUUUAGCAAUGAAAAAUAAUCAAGAUUUAACUAUUAUGGGUAGUGGCAAACCACUCCGUCAGUUUAUUUAUUCAUUAGAUUUAGCAAAAUUAUUUGUUUGGGCUUUGGAUAACUACGAAGAGCUCUCACCAAUUAUUCUUUCAGUUGGCGAGGAGGAUGAAAUUUCAAUUGCUGAUGUUGCUCAUUUGAUCGCCGAGGCAAUGGAUUUCAAAGGUAAGUUAAUUUUUGACACAAGCAAAGCAGAUGGCCAAUUCAAAAAAACUGCAUCCAAUCACAAAUUAAAAUCUCUUUAUCCAGAUUUAACUUUUAUUCCAAUAAAAGACGCAAUUAAAGAAAGUUGUAAAUGGUUUAUUGAAAAUUAUGAUACUUGCAGAAAAUAAAAACAAUCAAUUAUAAAAAAAGUAUUAAUACUAUACCAAUAAUUUAAUAAAAUAAAUUAUAAUUAUUCCUAAAUAUUUAUUU